CGGCCUCGUCGGACAUUUUUCAGCGUCAUUCUUCACUAGAGCUCGACCGCACAAAAGCCCCCUCUCCCCGUCCCCGUCCCCGACGCCACAGCCACCAGCAGCCGCACCCACUCCUCCGAUGGCCUCACCAAUCCGACUGCCGCCGCCCCCGCCGGCGGCCGAUCCCGUCGCGCCUUCUUCUCCCCCUUCGCAGCAACCCUCCCGUGAUGGAUCCCUCUCGCCAGAGAACCCAGCACCAGCUCCACCUUCUCCUCCGGCUGUUCCUACCACUACUCCGCCUCCUCAUAGUCCCGGCGAUUCCUCUCCAUCCUCGCCUCCGCAUCCCCCGACGCCGCCGCCGCCGCCUCCGCUUCCGCCCAGCGCCGAUGCUUCUCCUCCCCUGCCGGGUGCGGGCCAAACAUCGCCGCCGCGCUCCCCGCCGCACCCCUCCCCCGCUCCAGCACCGCCACCUCCUCCUGCGCCGGCGUCCUCAGAGGCCAAGUCGGAGCAGGAGGCGGCUGAAUCGGCUAGCGAGUCGGGGAGCAUGACCCUAGCCCUCGCGCUGACCCAAACCGAAGACUCCAUGCCGCCGACGCCACCGAAGGCCUCCUCGACCCAGGCAUCACCAAUCGGUUCGCCGCAGAAGGAAUCGGCCGUCACCAUCGCGAAGCUCCUCUCCGGUGAGGACCCCGCGGCGGACAAGGUUGCCCCUCCGAGCGACCCUGGGUCACUCGCCGCGGCGGCCGCCGUUACUGGCGUUGGUGGAGGUGGAGGCAGCGUGGGGUCCAAAAGGUGGCUCCUAGCCGCCGGCGUCCCAGAGAAGGUGCGGCGCGCGGAGCUGAGGAGGGCUGAGCUAGGGUUCAGGGUUUCAGCCGCCGUGUUCUGCCUGGUUGCACUCUCCGUCAUGGCCGCAGAUACCACGACGGGCUGGUCCGGCGACUCCUUCCGCCGCUACAAUGAGUACAGGUAUGUACUUGCAGCGAGCGUCGUGGCUUUUACCUACUCAGGGUUCCAGUUGGUAGCCGAGGUGCAUUACCUUGUCACGCGGAGGCACAUUAUUCAAGCCCCAUGGCGCAGCUACUUCAAUCUCGCCAUGGAUCAGAUGUUAGCUUACCUCCUCCUGUCAGCAUCUUCAGCAGCACUUUCUCGUAAUGGUGUUUGGAUGUCUCGGUUUGGAGGGGAUCAAUUCACAAAGCUGAUCGACGCAUCAGCCUCUAUGGCAUUCCUCGCUUUCAUUGCUCUUGGUCUUAGCUCAAUCAUCUCUGCUUACUGUGUCUUCAGCUUGGUUUCGUAAACCUAUGUUGAUGUGUAUUACCUGAUGUAAAUAGUACGUCCAAGAUGUAUCUUGGCCACUUAACCUGUUCGUGGAUUGUGGCAUCCUUUAUCUCUACAACUUGGGUAUGUUUCAGUAGUAGACUGAACUCAAAUAUUUUUUAAAAGAGUUGAGUGGAUGCACCAAGGAUUCAUGCUGGUCUUCUCAUGAGUCCCAAAGAUAUGCAA